ACAUUCAGCUAUAUUCAUGUGUGAAAGAUUUGUUGAAAAUCGAAAUUUGAUCGAACAGAAGAAUUUGCAAGGAUAAUUUUGCUUGCCGCUCUGCUGAAGAACAACUUCUGAGGGAAGAAGACGUUGAGAAGCCGAUCAUUCUCCAUUUGAAUUCUGUUGGGCCAGGAUGUCGUUCUUCGAUGUGUUAGAAUUGCGUGAGUACUGCCGCGCGGCUAUGAUGAUGUCGUCGGUGUUGUGUGUUAAAAAUUUUACAGUUGCAGAGGCUUCGAAUAGUCAAAAUUACUUCGUAAAGGAUAAAAUGGCAUACACCGAGGAUAACGUAUUGAUAUACAAUAUUUUUGUAUACAGCAUUCCAAAGAAGUUUAACGAAGAUGACGUACGCUGCUAUUUCUCCAAGUUUGGCAAGGUUUCUAAUGUGCGAUUGGUUCCUGACAGAAAGCGAUCCCGUCGCGCUGCACCCAAAGUCGGAUUUGUAAACUUUGCCGAACCGGCUGGUGCAUUCAGUGCUUUGCGGAAAGGCAAUCAUCGUUUACAAGGGUCUCGCAUUGGAGUUAAAGCCGGCGACAGCUGGAAUCAGCCAGACGCCGAAAAGGCAUGUAGCCAAAAACCAAAUGAGACUGAUGCGGCUUCUACUUCAGCCGAGAGCAAACAAAAAAAUAAAAGCGAGGAGGUAAAACCUGCCGCCACUCCGACAUACCACGCUGCGUCCGUUGAAGGCUUGAAUGUACUUGCGCUCAAUGACGACUGCCUGGAAAUGAUCUGUCGGCUUUUAGAGCUGCGUGACCAAGUACGUUUUGCGCGUGUAUGUCAGCGUUUCCAAGAUGUAUUCAAAAUGUUCUGCAAACACGAAUUCAAAAACUUCGAUCUUUACAAGAUGUCUGGAAUGACUUUAUGGGAGAUACGCGACUUCUUUCGAUUCGCGGGUGAAAAUAUAGAACACGUGGCUGGAAAUAUACCGUUUAAAAAUCGUGAACGUAUCAUUGAAUUUAUAAGAAUAUUCUGCAGUAAUUUGAAACGCAUCUCAUUGGAUGAUAGCAAAAUGCGACCAGAAUGUCUGAAGAAGCUACUACGCAAUUUUCCUCUACUAAAGGAUUUAAAUUUACAUGAUUGCUCUCUUAACGAUAGUUCAGUACAGACGCUGCACCAUUUAGAUAAAUUAGAGUCAUUGGCGCUCUCCGAAAACUAUGAGUUAACAGGUAAAUUCAUAAGCGGAUUGGUGCAACUAAAGGCUCUAAACCUGUAUGGCUGUAGCAAUAUUCAAACUACGAAUUUGAUUGAAAUUUGCAAGGCGAUGCAAAAUUUAAAAACUUUGGAUAUACGCCGCUGUGAACGGCUAUCGAUAGCAUUUUUCGACGCCAUGCCUGAACAUUGUCAACAGCUCGAGGUAUUGAAAAUGUCAUGCCCUGAUUUUUCAUAUGAAAAGGUAGCAUCGUUGCCACGAUUGAAGCAACUUGAAUUGUUGCGCCACUCCUCAGGUUUUAUAUCAAAUACAAGAUUAUUUGUCGAACUGGUCGCACAGAAGGCCGAUCAAUUGGAGACUUUAAAAAUUGUUGCCAAAAAUUCGCUCACUGCCGAGCACGUCAAUCUGAUAUCGGAUUUGAAGAAACUGAAAACUCUUUUUUGCGCUAAUAAUCAGGCGGUCGACGAUGAUGCGCUUCGAAAAUUUUGUAAAUUAGAUCAACUCGAAGAGUUGACUAUUAAAAGCUGUGGUGAUAUAACAAAUGAGGGACUGCUUAGACUGUUGCGCUGCUGCAGGCACUUGCGUCACAUUAACAUACAGUUCUGCAAAAAAAUAACAUUGGAAUUCAUUUCUAAGGCCAUAACUAUUUUAAAAGACCGUACUGAUAGACCAAAAGCGCCAUUGAUCAUUUUGGUAUAUGGAACAUCUAUAGAUAAUUAUGGACUUUCGGCAUGCCAGGAAUAUAAGGCUGCUGAGAAAGAGUCGCUUAUGAAAGUAGUUUUCCAUGCGCUAAAUAUUGAUUUGGGCCUUGACGAUGGCGUUGAUAUUUACGAUAUCUGGGAUGGUGAUGGCUGGUUAGAUGACGACGACGACGACGACGACGAUUAUGACCCCACCGAUGAGGAUGAUGAUUUCUACUUUCCCGAUUCGGACAUGGAUGAUGAUGACAUCAAUUUCGCUUACAACAUGUUCGGACAAAUUUACCCACAUGGCUUUGAUAUUGAUGAUGUCAUUUGGUGAGUUGUUGCCUAGACAUCGGGGGAGUAUUUCAGUGAAUUUUUUGUUGCUGUAAACCACAUGUAACCAUAUACUACGUGGAAAAACACACACAAUUUAUUUAUGUUUAGUCUUCAAGCACUUUUGCUAAUUUUUUUUUUAUUAUUUGAAAUAAAUUUGAGAUUUUAAAUUGUUAAAUAAGAUAAAUGUUUCAGAAAUAUUCCCAAGGACUUAAAAGCAUUAACCCUAAAAAAAGAGAAUUGUUAAAGUAUUUUACUUAAGUAUUUAUAAAAAUUCCUCAAAUUUACAUUCGUACGAAUAAUCGAAAAAAAUUCACUAAUUAAAUUAUGCAAGUUGAUACUUAAGUUGUCAGCUUUCGCUUUUGAAAUAUGCAGUUGCUUGAAGCAACGUGUAUGUUAAUGCGAAAUGAAGCUUGAACAAAACCUUUUUAAUUUUUUAAGUUUAAUUUUCUAUUACCUAUUAAUCUCGAAUUUCCGAUAAGAAAUAAACAAAAAAAUACUUUA